AUGUCAACAUGUAAAUCCCUCCUCCGAGCCUGUCCGUCGCAACGGACUCCACCGUUGCUCCUCCCCCUCACGCAAUGCCGCUUCGAAUCCACAACCCGGCGACACAGAAAACUGCUCGCACUCCCCGAAGCCCCAUCCUACACCCCCGACCGCACAGCGCCUACAUUGAUUUUCAACCCCCCGUCCUCGGCGCCGAAUGUAUACCACACGCCGCUCAAGUUCCUGCCCAAGGAAGAUAAGCGGAGAACGCUCUACGCAGCCGCACAGCAAUACGCAACCAAACUAGCGCACACGCGGCAAUCCUCGCCCAUCGCCGCGCCCGGCACGCCGCUCGCCUCAGAAGCGUUUCUGCCGCCGCGCCCCUCUGCGAGCUUGCCUGCGCCGCUGCGGAAGCCGUACGAGAAGACGUAUCAUCUGACCGAGGAGGAUAUCGCUGAGAUAAGGCGGUUGAGGAGUGCGGAUCCGGAUACGUGGACGAGGGUUAAGCUGGCGGAGAGGUUUGGUUGUAGUCAGUUUUUUGUGGGCAUGGUGGCUAGGAAUGGGGAGAAGGCGGAGAGGGUGGAAAGGGAGCAUGAGGUUAUGAGGAGGAAGUGGGGGAGUAGGAGGAGGGAGGCGAGGGAGGAUCGGGGGAGGAGGAAGGGGCUUUGGGGGAGGGACGCUUAG